AUGACGUUGGAAGAAUUGUGCAAGAAAUGUGAAAUUUGCCAAAGUCAGAGGAAUAAACCGCCUGCCGGUAUUCCUCAUCCAUGGAUGUAUCCCACAGCACCUUGGGAGAGAGUUCACGCGGAUUUAAGGGAGUUGGAAGGUCAACAUUAUCUUAUUAUGAUUGACGCUUAUUCGAAAUGGUUGGAAGUGCAUGAAAUGGGCACUAGUACAACCGCUAGUAGGACUAAAGAGGUGAUGAGGCGAGUUUUCAGUUUUCAUGGCAUUCCGAGACGAUUGGUGACAGAUAAUGGUCCACGAUUCGGGUCAAUAGAAUUUCAGGAGUUCAUGAAAGAAAAUGGUGUCAAACACCAACUCACCCCUCCGUAUCACCCAUCGAGCAAUGAACAACCAGAACGAGCAGUUCAAAUCCUCAAGAGAUCUAUGGAGGCACGACCUAAAGACGUACUAUUAGAUCAUAGAUACGUCUAG